AUGUCUUCAACAACUUACAACCCUUCCACUUUCGUUGAUGCUCAAGGCACACGAGAGUUUCAUGCCGACGUUGGUCUCAGAGAUCCUCAAUUGUACAACACCUCCUUCACCUCAACGCAGACCAACAACUAUCACCUCCCUCCUUUUGCUUCCUCACAUACCGUCAGUAAUUCCGCCAGCCCCUUGAACCACCUGAGUAGCACCCCUGGCGAAAGCAUCUCCGACUAUAGCUACCAAACAAGCGACUUCAGUGAAUUGGAAGACCCGUUUCUCGGCGUGGACUUCGACGCAGGCGUAAUUCGAACAGACUCUCUUCCAUCGAAUCUCACAAAUCCCAUUUCGUACCAGCCUCCAAACCUCAAUCGUGCUCUACCAGACCUCCCCAAAGGACCUGGAAGCAGGUCUGUUGCAGGCACGUAUACGGCCUCGACAUACCCUCUCAGUCCCGUUCAUUCCAGCAUACCAAACACACCGUCGCUAGGGCAGCUGUCGAACGGGCUCAGGUCGAAUAAUACCAUCUCGCAACACGAGCUGAAUCACGAUUUGUACAACCAUAAUUAUCAGACAGCGGAAGGAAGCGUACACACGGGCAACAUCACCAACACCCAAUUGACUCCGGAUCAGAGUGGUAGCAGUCAUACCAGCGCCGAAGGCCUUGAACCCAGCACCAUGGUGGCUUCUGAAUGUAGCCCGCAUGUAAUGGUCUCGCAAUGGGGGCAUGGGCGUGGACACAAUCAGCCUCGCAAUGCUGUUCAACCAGACGUUCCGUUUAAGUCUGCGGAGGAUUUUGCGACACAUUUCGUAGAGCAGGACGUGCUCCCAAGCUCACGACUGCCUGUGGCGCGUGCCGAUGACGGAUCGUGGAUGUCGAACCAACGAACGGGCCAAGCGGGGUUGGACCCUGAGAGCCGUCGGGACCUUGCCGACGAGCUCGUCCCAACGUUAGACGAGGCAGAAGAGCGACGUCGCAUUCUAAGCAAGAACAUCGAAGUAAAUGAAUGGCGCUCACGAGCUGGGGCCAGCAGUGAGGCAGAAGAUGAACGGUCUGCACAGUCGUAUUUUCCACCGAACAAUCCCACCUGGUAUCAAGAAUCCGGUGCUCGCCGUCACCGGGAUCCUGCUGAAGGCCAAACUCAUGAUUACAUCAACGCAGUCGAUGAUGCUGCAAGUAUUCGUGAAAACAAAUUGGUUGACGGUCAGGUAUAUUUCCAUCCCAAGAACGGGGCCACCGUGAAUGAGCAUGAUCAAUAUCUCAUGAGCCAGCCUCGUCAUUGGAAUGAUGCUCCAACGGUACCCACCAUCUUGACGACCGUUUUCCAGCCUCAAACUUCCAAUGCAGCGAUGGAAAAAUUCAGACAACAUGCAGAUACCAUCUCAAUUGCAUCAAGAGCCGCAACGUGGGGUACACGUCGUCGCAGCGAACCCAGUCUGGCUGAUCUGGAAGCGGUAGGUGAUGGAAGCUUUCUUAGAAAGUUGACAAUCACCAAAGCCCCGGAAACUGGGCGUUUGCGUGGUCAAGGCUUUUUAGCGAAUCUUGUUCGCAAGCACAGCGACAGUAAGCUUAAGCGGAGCCACAGUUCCCAGAAUAUUACCGAGGAUGGUACUAUAAAACCCGCCUCGAGACAAAACAGCGCAGGUACACUAGCUCCUCCUCCACGAACUUCAAGCUUUGGCAAACGCCAAACCCCAAGCAUCAACACCGCCCUGGCCGCCAUGGCAGGCCCACUUGCUGCCAUUGGAACAACUCAUGCACGCAAUGGCUCGGUUAGUGCCAAGGAAGCCUCUCCCAGAAGCCCAAUUCAUCUUGGUUGGCCUGAAAGGGUGAUUACCAGGGUUCGAAGCAGAAGUGACAUUACUUCAACACAAACAAACAGCGGGAUUGCAGGACUAUGGAGAGUAAAUGGGGGUCCACCUGUUCCUACAUUGGCCUCACCACCCAUAGAUACCGAGGCGAGACAAGCAGAUGUUCAAGACCAAGAUGACGAAGACGACGAUGACGACGAUCAAGUGGAUGAAGGCGAUUUAAAGGCAGAAGGAGAGCAAGCCGACCCCAUCAUUGCCAACUACUAUGGCUUUAAAGCUCAUGUCCGGCGUCUCAAUCCAGAGAUGGAACCUCGGUAUAAUUGGCUUGUGAGUAGAAUAGCUCACCAGCAGGAGAUUCGCUAUAAGAGUUUGCUAGAAUUACGAGUGAAGCACUCACAAGCCAUCUCGAAUCGUAGCUGCUCAGCUGGGACUCAUUGCGUUUCGAUGGGUGGAUCGGCUACACUACUUGACAUAAAAGGAAAUCCCGAGCCACCUGAUCAACCCGGUCCAAUCCUUCAACUGGUGACUGACUUUUCUGAUGAUGACUCGAAUCACGGCGAACGGGCUCUUACGGAAGAGACCUUUCCUCCCGGUGUUCCCAUGCCACCAACUCGAAACCUCCCUGCAGAGUUUGAAUGUCAGUUGUGUUUCAAAUCAAAGAAGUUUCAAAAACCUUCGGAUUGGACAAAACACGUUCAUGAGGAUGUUCAGCCCUUUACCUGUACUUAUGAUAAGUGCAAGGAGCCAAAAUCAUUCAAAAGAAAGGCUGAUUGGGUUCGACAUGAGAAUGAACGUCACCGCCACCUGGAAUGGUGGAUUUGUCAGGUUGACGAUUGUAGACACCCUUGUUAUCGUAAGGAUAACUUUUUACAGCAUUUGGUUCGAGAACAUAAAUUGCCAGAGCCGAAACAAAAGACCAAAGCUGCCAUCAAAAAGGCUCGCUUGACAGAGCCGGCUUGGAGGAUGUUGGAACAAUGCCAUCACGAGACUAAAAAUCGCCCACAGGAUGAGCCAUGCAAGUUCUGCGGUAGAACAUUCACGACGUGGAAAAAGCUAACCGUCCAUCUCGCAAAGCAUAUGGAACUCAUCAGCUUACCUACCUUGAAACUGGUAGAGCUAAGAAGUGUCGAUGCAAACACCAUAAUCAGUCCCGUAGAGCAAAAUCACACUCCCGUCACUCCAAUCGGCAGAACAAAGAUGGAAUCAGCGAGUCCUUUCAAAAUGGGUAGUGUAUCUCCACACAUGGCCCUCGACCAUCAACAGUUCCCUGCGUCCGGGUAUGAUCAUUCUGUUCAGUUUCCAACUGCCGGGUCAACUAAUGACUUUGUGCUACAAACCUCAAUGGGCUUGGGUAUGUAUAACGAGAACAACAUGUAUUCAAAUCCAAACAACUUUGAGGUUCAACAGAUGCAGCAACAACCUCGAGGGUUUGGUUCAUUUGACUCCGGGGGUCUCAACCUAAUCAACCAGGCUCGAUUUACAGCAGGCCAUACGGGAUAUCAGCAUCAGCGAACUCCCUCUCGUCCUUAUGGAUCGUUGGAUAAUAAUUACUCUCACCAACUUCCAUCGCACAACUUUGAUCAUACCCCAAAUUCGGUAUUCUCCAUGCCCCAAGAAUUCACAUCCGCUCCAGCUCUGGAGUCACAAUAUCCAACAGCAAAUAUGUUGGGUAUAAGCAACACUGGAUUUGGGUACGAUCCAAUGACGGUCAGCACAUCACAGAGUUAUCAGCAACAAUCACCUAUGGCACGCUCACCGGCAAACAACAAUGCCUAUAGCCAUCCAGCACAAAACCUACCUUAUUACGGACCACAGUGA